GUUAUUAUUAUUAUUUUUAACAUUAACCUUGGGGAAAACUACUUGGGUUAUAUUAUAUAUAAGAACGUCUGGAUUGUCAGUACUUAGUAGAGAUUAGAAGAACCGUGCAAAUUACAGACAUGAAGUUCAUAUACAUCGCUCUUUUGUUGACGGUAAUGAUAGCAUAUUCAAGUGCUGCUGGAAAGUGCAGCGGUCCAAAUGAACGUUUCUACGAGUGUCAACCAUGUGCUGCAAUCAAUUGUGGCGAUACGGCGCCAGGAGCUUGCAUCGCCGUUUGUCGUAAUCCAGGGUGCUACUGCAACACUGGGUUCUUAAGAAAGAAAGGGAGAUGCGUUCGUAAGAACCAGUGUUGAAAAACCAGAGACGACGGAAAUGUUUCUUAAUUUACUGAUCUUUAAACAGCUGUAUUCGUUACUUUUGUAUUUACUUUUUAUAAAUAUACGUAUUUGCAUAA